AUGAUCGUACCAGACAUCUAUACGAGAGAUUAUGAUGAUGAGGAAGAGACCGAGGAAGAUGAGGAGAAGCCAGUUAGUGAGGCUGCAAAGACACGUGCACGCAAGAUUUUCGAACGUGCUCUGAAGAGCAUGAAAGAUAAGGAUCUCAAAGAAGAGCGCGUUUCUCUCCUCAAUGCUCAUCUCUCUUUCGAACGUACUCAUGGUACAGAGGAAGAUAUUGAGAAAGUACAGAAACAAAUGCCAAGAAAGACGAAGAGAAGAAGAAAGCUUGAUGAUGAUAGUUAUGAGGAAUAUGUUGAUUAUGUUUUCCCUGCCGAUGAUGAACAGACGAAGAAAUUAUCGAAUUUCUUGGCGAUGGCUCAAAGUUGGAAGCAAGCAGGUGGGACGAUUGGCGGUGGCGGAGAGCAGAAUGGAGAGUAA